AGGUCAGGCGGGCAAAAGGCGCGGCCUCGCCACUCCAAAGCCACCGGUCGUAGGACAUGGCUGCUGUAGUGGGGUGCCUGGUGUGAGGUUGCCUCAGUUUCGCGCUCGAUCCCCAGCGGCUCAUUUUGCCCGGCGUGGAGGAGUGUAGCCCGCCCGCCCGCCGCCGCCCUAUCGUGUCAAGAACAGUAACGUGUAAAAAAACAUUGGGCUAGAGAUUGUGGCUGUACCACAGAACGUUUCCUCUAUGGGCGGGGGGGCACGCCCUAGGCGCAGGGCGGAUUCCCUUGACAGGAGCCCGCCCCACCAGCCCGCCUCGCCUCCCGCUACAGGCGACUCCGCCUCUGCCAGCCCGGGAGGGACGGGGGAAGAGGGGGAGGAGGCGGAAGAGCCGCCGCCGCCGCUGCCGGGGGAGCUAUGACUGGGCCCGCGGCCGCCCCCUGAGCGGCUUCUUGGUCCAACAUCCACCCGCCCGCCAUGAAGAGUCCCAGAGAGGAGGCGGAGCACCCCGCAGGGGACUACGUGCAGUUGAAAGUGCCAGUUCUGCAGCAGUGGUACCAUUGGGACUGUGGGCUGGCUUGCUCCAGGAUGGUACUGCAAUACCUGAAUCUUCUGAAUGAUGAUCAAUUUCAGAAGGCCAUUCAGGAACUCCGGCUGACAAAAAGCAUAUGGACCAUUGACUUGGCCUACUUAAUGCGCCAUUUUGGUGUGAAGCACAGAUUCUGUACACAGACCCUAGGGGUAGACAAGGGUUACAAAACCCAGUCGUUCUACAGGAAACACUUUGACACAGAGGAGAACCGAGUCAACCAGCUCUUUGCGCAAGCCAAAGCCUUCAAGGUGUUGGUGGAAAAGUGCACAGUGACUAUCCAGGACAUCCAAGAGCACUUGGCUCAAGGCCAUGUUGCCAUUGUGCUGGUGAACGCAGUCCUAUUGCUGUGUGAACUGUGCUCCAGCCCGGUCAAAUACUGCUGCUUUCUCCCAAUUGGACAGAAGUGCUUCUGCAGGAGCCCCGACUACCAGGGCCAUUUCAUUGUGUUGUGUGGCUACAACGAAGCCUCAGGGAGUAUUUAUUACAACAACCCUGCCUAUGCUGACCGAACAUGCAGCACCAGCAUCAAUAACUUUGAGGAAGCCAGGACAAGUUAUGGCACAGAUGAAGACAUCCUGUUUAUUUACACAGACAGCUGACAUUUGGGUCUGGUGCUUCCUGUUUAUCAUUGGCCCAGCCUGCCCAGCACCUCUGGGCAGCUGGCUUGUCUCAGGACUCCUGCCACAGAGACUUUGCUCCCAGACUGCAGCAGAAUUGCAAACAAGGGAUGCUUUAGAGACGUUGGUAGAGGUACAUUGCUGUCCCAUUGCCAUCUUUUUAUUCUUGACAAUGAAAUAGCCUGUGUACAUACACUAUGCUAUAUACAUACAUAGGGAUGUGUAUGUAUUUAAUUUUAAUUUUGCACACUUCAGUUUAAAAUGCAAAACCAGACUUUCUUUUCCUGUUGGAUGUCAGACAGUUUUCCUUCCCAGGAAUAAAACUCUCAGAAACCAGUUCUAUUAAUGUUAGUCGUCACUUGAGUGCAUAUGGAGAAAGGAAGAAGCAAUGAAUGAAGACACAUCCUUCAUCCAGAUCACAAUAAAAUAAACUAUUUUGAGGCAGCAAGAGGAAGAAGUUACUGCUGUCUAAAAAGGAUUGCACUGACGGAAACUGAUCCCCACAGCUACUUAUGAAGUAGAAAGGGACACGCUUGUGGUAACACCGUUCUUCUGAAGGAAUCUCUGCAUUCAGUCAUCAACUUCAAGUGUGAGAUCUAUUUAGCUGUGUUGGCAGCAGGCUGGAAGUGCUUUCAGAAGAUGGUUUCAUUAGGUGAAGAGGAACAUUUUUGCAUAGGGACUGCACUAGUGCCUCGGAAACGGUGGUGUGAAUCUGCCCACUGCAUGCCACCCAUUUAUUUUCAGAUACUCUGCUUCCUUCCUCAGAGUAGCUUUUGGGGAAGCGUUCCAGAAUCCUGAAUGUACUGAGCCUCUUCUCAAGAAGAUAAAUAUUUUCAAGGUAAAUUUGGGAAGAGUCCUUUGCUAACUUGGCAGUCCCAACACUAUACAAUUAAACAACUUUAACUCUUUGAUCUUAAGCGUGAUUAACAGUGGAAGUGGGGUCUGCAACCCCACCACUUGAACCCAUAAGAUUAUGAAUACAGUCCCCCUCCAGUACCACUCGAGUGACACUAAUGGCCACCCACGGGUUCAGCCUCAGUGUCUUGUUUUUAAACUGACACAGUGCUGUCAGAACAAAUCUGUAAGCAGAUGACUUGGCCAUAGAACGAUGCUUUAGAAUUCACUUAAGCUCACGCAGUUGGCAGAAUCAGCACAGGGCUAGCAGGCAGGGAGGGAAACUUCAUUAGUUGCUACAGACCUGUAAUUGGAGACUAGACUCUGUUGCCAACAUUAUUCAGGGACUUCCAAGGCAGAGACAGCCAGAUUCAGAACUGAAACAGGGAAACUUCUCUUAGCUGAGUUUUAGGACAGGUGCUAGCCAGAACCCGCUUCCUACCUCAUCAGUACUACACUCAUGCUCGGAUGGGGGCUUCCCUGGUGAUUGAAACAAAACAAAAUAAAACUUUCAUACAGCAUA